GGUUGAAACAUACACACUGAUAACAUGUAUAUAAGAACGAGAGGAAAUUGAAUCAAAGCACUAGUACGACUGUUAUUCGCAGCACACCAGAACAUUGCCGGUGACCGUCACUUGAGGCUAAAGCAUCGAAGUCGUGGUACUUCUACUACGAAGUAGAGAUUCAUGAUGAAGUCUUGGACGUCCAUCGCCGUAUUUGUCUGUAUCGCAUUAGAGCGGGUAAAUGCUGUCAGCGACAUUUCAUUUUCCAUUGAAAACUGUGAGCUCGCACCGGACCCAGGAGUCUGCAGCGGAAUGUUGAAGAAGUGGUUUUACAACUACACAUCAUUUCGGUGUGAAACGUUUUACUACGGAGGUUGCCUUGGAAAUGGGAACAAGUUUGACACCAUAACUGAGUGCAACAUGAAGUGCAGAGACCCUGUCCUGGGAGUGUGUGCGUUGCCCGAGCCUAGGCAAACUUGCCGCGCAGGAUUUAGGGGCUACAGGUUCAAUGCACUGAAGCAAAGAUGCGAAUCCUAUAUCUACUGCAAUAAGAAUGCAAAUCAUUUCGCAACGCUAGAAGACUGUGAACAACAAUGUGGCAGAUUUGCACAGGAUCCAUGCUUUAUGCCAAAGCACGCUGGUGGCAACUGCACCGGAGAGACUCGAAUGCAAAAUUACUGGUUCAACAGUCAAACAAGAGCGUGUGAACUUUUUGACUACGAAGGAUGCGGAGGAAAUGGAAAUAACUUCAUCGAAGAAUCAGACUGCUGGAGAACGUGUGGCAAACAUCUAGAGAGCAACUGCACAUAUCCAAUAAAAUCUGGAUACACCUGCCCGAACGGGAGGAAAGAGGUUGUGUUCGGAUACAACACCAAAACCAAAAGAUGCGAGAGAUUCACUCACUCCGGUUGCGGCGGCUACCCAAACAAGUUCCGAAGUGCAAGCGAGUGUUGGAAGGCUUGUGGAUUGAACUCUGGCAGCAAAUGCGUGGCGCCAGGACCUAAAAACCGCCUCGGACUGGUGAAGAAAUAUUACUACGAUAUAAAAAGUGACACCUGUAAGACUUCCCGAUACUCCCCCUUCUCAAGUAAAAAGAACCGGUUUCACACGUUGGCAGAAUGCGAGGAGAAUUGCAAAGGAAACUACACCGACUUGCCCCAAGCUAUCUGAGAUCUGUGAAUCAAGUACUUUAUGAAGAUGUAACGUGAUGCGGACGCAAGUCUCUACAGUUCCGCGAUUUAUUUCAACGCACAAUAGAACAUGUCUUCGAAGAGAUCCCUCCUUACAAGGAAGACAUCCAAAUUCGCUUCUUCCAUCCCUCUGUCCGGAGUUAGAGCGUCUUCCAGUGGUCUUAUUUUGACAUCGACACCAAGUUGAACUCAAUAAAUGAUUUCGUGUUCUUCAAAA